GCGCUUCGUUCCAAAAUCAGCGCCCUGAAACUUGCCGUGGCAAUUUCUAAGGAUCUUGCACGCCCGCGCAGUGAAGCCGAUCUUCCCCACCGAGAGCGAGCUUUCCAGGAUUAUCGCACGCAAGUCCCCUCGUUGCUUCUUGUGUAUUUACCAGCGGGAGGGACUUAGUCAGCAAAUCCUGCUCGGAGGCGCUUUAGCCAAUGAGGAACCUCGCCCUGCUUGCUAGGGGGCUUCAGAGUUGGCGCUGGACGCCUGCAGAAAUCCGAGGCGGUCCUCGCUGGGGCUGAUGGCAAAAAUGGGGUCCGGCAACAGAGGUGGCGACUUAGCUCGCUCAGCAAUUGGUGGGAUUCCGUAAUGCAUCCAUCAUGUAGCCUUGUCUGCCCAGCCCCAUGGAGCGGGAGGAUUGUUUACCCCUUACUUUUACAUAAAUGCGUCUUUGCCGCUGGAAGAUGAAAUGCUUUUCUCGUUACCUGCCUUACCUCUUCCGACCGCCGAACACCAUCCUCUCUUCCAGCUGCCACACCGAAGCUGACAUUAUCUCUACAGUAGAAUUCAACCACACAGGAGAAUUACUAGCGACAGGGGACAAGGGGGGUCGUGUUGUAAUAUUUCAACGUGAGCAGGAGAGCAAAAAUCAGCCCCAUCGCAGGGGAGAAUAUAAUGUUUACAGCACAUUCCAGAGCCAUGAACCUGAGUUCGAUUACCUGAAGAGCUUAGAGAUAGAGGAGAAGAUCAAUAAAAUACGAUGGCUCCCACAGCAAAAUGCAGCCUAUUUUCUUCUCUCCACCAAUGAUAAAACUGUGAAACUAUGGAAAGUCAGUGAACGAGAUAAAAGACCAGAGGGCUAUAAUCUCAAAGAUGAAGAUGGACGUCUCCGAGACCCCUCCACAAUUACCACACUACGGGUACCUGUGCUAAGGCCCAUGGAUUUAAUGGUGGAGGCAACUCCCAGAAGAGUCUUUGCAAAUGCACAUACCUAUCACAUCAAUUCCAUUUCUGUAAACAGUGACUAUGAAACCUACAUGUCAGCAGAUGACUUGAGGAUAAACCUAUGGAACUUUGAAAUAACCAAUCAAAGUUUUAAUAUUGUAGAUAUAAAACCAGCAAACAUGGAAGAAUUGACAGAAGUGAUUACAGCUGCAGAAUUCCAUCCGCAUCACUGCAACACCUUUGUCUAUAGCAGCAGCAAGGGGACAAUAAGAUUGUGUGACAUGAGAACAUCUGCUUUGUGUGACAGACACUCCAAAUUUUUUGAAGAGCCCGAAGAUCCAAGUAACAGAUCUUUUUUUUCUGAGAUCAUCUCUUCAAUUUCUGAUGUAAAGUUCAGCCAUACUGGGAGAUACAUCAUGACCAGGGAUUACCUCACAGUCAAAGUGUGGGAUCUGAAUAUGGAGAACAGACCUAUUGAGACAUACCAGGUCCAUGAUUACCUCCGCAGCAAGCUGUGCUCCCUCUAUGAGAAUGAUUGCAUUUUUGAUAAAUUUGAAUGUGUAUGGAAUGGGUCAGACAGUGUCAUCAUGACUGGCUCCUACAACAACUUCUUUAGAAUGUUUGAUCGCAAUACCAAGCGUGAUGUGACUCUUGAAGCCUCAAGAGAAAACAGCAAACCCCGUGCCAUCCUGAAGCCUCGCAAAGUUUGUGUUGGUGGCAAAAGGAGGAAAGAUGAAAUUAGCGUGGACAGUCUGGACUUUAGCAAAAAGAUCCUGCAUACAGCUUGGCAUCCUUCAGAAAAUAUAAUAGCAGUGGCAGCAACAAAUAACCUGUAUAUAUUUCAAGACAAGGUUAACUAGGAGGGAGGAAAAAAAAUGCUCCUUGGGAAUCUAAUAUUCUGGAGACUAGCAAACAAACGUUUUUUAAAGGGUUUUUUUUUUUGGUCCUGUUUUCUUCUCCUCCUUGUUUUUUUUCCCCAUCAUUCCUCUGCAGACACUAACUGUGCAGAGGUAAACUCUCAGAUUCCAACAUUUAUUGCUUUUCCCCCCAAUAUAAAGAAAUUGGGUGGCAAAGCAAAUUAGGGACAGUUGAAUUUUAAGUCGUGAAAGCAACGAAGCUGCUACUACCACAGUGAGCUUGAAUUCUGUCUGCUUUCAUUUCCCUAAUAACUGCUGGUAUUAGGGAAAACAAAGAUAAUUUGUAAUCUAUAACCAAGGUAGGAUUACUAAAUUAUAUUUACAGGAAAAAAAGAAAAGAAAACUCAGCCAAGGCCAUGAAACAAAGAUGCAUUGUAUUAAGCUAUCUCUUUUUUUAACAAAAAACAUUACUUGGAGAUUUUUCUUUCGUUUUACAUUAUUUGAAAACAGGACUUAGAAUUCCUGUUGAUUCAGUUCUUGUAAUUGACCGUUUACCUUUUUAAAGUGGUGUAUUCCUUUUAUUAACUCAGGGCCUUUCCAGAUGAUCAUUUGUUGUUAUCACACAAUGAAUGUUUUCCUGUAACUCAGUUCUUGUGAGAGAUACAUCUUUUUUUGCCCCAGAUUGCACAUUGGAUUAAAAAAUAACAUAACAACAUAAAGUUGCAGCCUGUAAAAAAAAAACAACACCAUCUUCAGGUUUUCACACCUUCCACAAAGGACUCACUGCCUUGAAAGUGCAGUGAAAGUCUAGGUGCACAACUCUCAUUGUCACCUGUUGAUAGUGUCUGUGACAUCAGAGGUGACCUAUGAUCCAUCUUCACUUUGGCCAUACCACUAACGUACUUACAUUAGGAAUAGAUGAAAACCAUUAAAGCCAGACUAAUCCACCUAAGGCUUUCUGAUUUCCUUCUCUUUCUCUUCUUCUUUUACAUGUAGUUCAGUUCUGUUGACUCCGGUUCCAGCAUUGAUGCAACCGUCCCUUUAAAAAAUAAAAAACCCAAGACUUAUUUUUUAAAAUUUAGGAAAUAGGUAAACUUCCCCAGUGAUAUCCCGCCCUAAUCCCAUCCCUCUCAGCAAAGAAGAGCUGUUUCCCUUCCACAAAUGCAGAUUCUCUUCUGCUGCAUUUGGACAGGAGAUGGCUCUACUCUUGCUGGAUGCAGGUAAGUGCAACUUUGUUCUUAAUGGGCGGAAAGGCCCGUUUUCUUAUCUGGAAAGAGCCUCAGACAGGAAAAUCAAAGGCAAGACAGAAGGAGCAGGUUUGCAGCAGGCACAUUUUGACUCAUCAUUCAUGAAGGGGCAGGGAUGCCAUCACGAGUUGCAACCUGCCGUCAUGAUCCCCACAAAUGGUCUCUGAUGGAUUUGGCUGAGUCAAUCCUUUGGUGCCUUUUGAUGGUAUACAACAUACCUUAAAACACAAUGCUUCCAAAACGUGGUAUUUGCAAACCAAAUCGAAUCUGAGCUUUCUUCUGCGAUUCCUGCAAUUUUAUUUUGGGUUUUUCUGUUUGUUUUAAUUUUUUUUUUUUAGUUCUGAUUUGUUUUGGAUAAGAAAUCUCAGAACAGUUCUCUUUUAAUCUCUUGCAUGUCAUAAAUAUAUAUGUGUUGAUGGGGGGGGCAGAACCCCUUUUUUCCUUCUAGUCGUGUAUUUUUUAAAGUAUUGUUUGUUUGUUU